GAACUCUGUACUACUAAUCAUUCAGACUGGGAAAUUGACCAAUACUCAUCGAAAUCACUAGGAUUUGUAAUAAGGACGCUUUGUAUCCAUUUGGUGGACUACAGUUAUACCGAUACAUGCACCUAUUCAAAGGCAUAUAUAUAUGCUGCGACCGUUACGAGCCGCAACAGACCUCCGCAACAGCAUCCAAAGAUCAAUCGUCCGGAUUAACACCACGCCACAGCUAAUUCACCACCAUAGUCUUUUCUUUACCGGACCCAAGUCACCAGUUGCAUUAAACCAUAGGCUUAUACCAGCCAUACAUCCAGGUUGUGCCAGAUCAGUCCACACACAUACAUCCACCAUGGCAUCCUCUGCUUCGUCCUCGACAACAUCGUCACCAGCGUUGCCCCACCCGCUCACAGGGCUAUAUCAGCCCAACCAGCUCAAGGGGCUAUACUACGGGCCUGACGCGGUGAAGAAGCACAUCUUGUCUGUUCUUCCGAACUCCGAGACAUCCAAAGCAUUCAUUGUGACAGGGCGAUCUCUGGCAACCAAGACGAUACUGAUCCAGGAACUCGAGGAACUACUGACGGCCAAACACCACGCCGGCACUUUCAGCGAGAUCAAGGAACACGCACCGGUCGCACAGCUAGACGAGGCGACGGCACAAGUGGAACGCGACUCCACGAUCGACACCAUCAUCAGCGUGGGCGGCGGCAGUCCGAUCGACAGCGCCAAGGCGAUUGUAUAUCGCGUGCACGAGAAGACGAGCGAAACGGGGCAAGGCAAAGGUAAAUGGCUACGACACAUUGCAAUUCCGACCACCCUGUCCGCGGCCGAAUGCACCGCUAUGGCCGGAUACACCAAGAGCGACGGGGUCAAGACGGGCCUUGCCCACCCCAACAUUUACCCCAGCUAUAUCUUCUACGACCCCAAGUUUGGCUUGCACACACCACAGUCACUGUUCUUGUCGACGGGGAUCCGCGCCCUCGACCACGCCGUUGAAACCCAGUAUCAUCCUCUUGCGACGUGGAUUCCCGCACGCUUGGUGUCUCUCAACGCUCUGGCUGAGUUGUUCCGCCUGCUUCCCAAAUACAAAGCCGACCCGACUAACGAGGACGUGAUUACGGGUCUGUUCCUCGCUGCAUAUGGCAGUCUGGGCUUCUUCGGCCAGAACCUCAAGGGCGGUCUAGGUCUGUCUCAUACCCUGGGCUACGCGCUCGGUAGUCCCUAUGGCAUCCCGCAUGGCAUUACAUCUUGUUUGACGUUGGGCCAUGUCGUCAAGCUUAAGGCUCGUCAGGAUAAAGCGAACGCCGAGGCCAUUGCCGCCAUCUUGCCGUAUCUCGGCGAAUCGAGGUCCGGAGAUGAUGUGAAAGAUGCCGAUCGUGUCGGUGAUAGGAUCUUGGGUCUGGUUGACGACUUGGGCCUCAAAACUACUUUGACUGAAAAGGGUGUGGGUAGGGACCAGAUCGAUAUUAUUUGCCAGAGAGCAACCGGCGGCCUGAUCCCUGGCAAGGAGCAGAGUCAACAGGAUGAAGAGACGUUGAAAUCCGUCAAGAAAUUGGUCGAGGGGUUGUAUUAGGUAGAUACUUGAUGCGUGUCUGAUACCUCAUCGACGAGGUGGUCAACGACACAGAGAUGAUGGCGAGAUGUCGAGACAGAGCUAUGCGGGAGUGACGCUAUGCUAUUGAGACCAAGCUGGAUUGAUAUUGUACAAACAGUCCCGUAUGCCAAGCGGCCGGCCAGAUAUUCUCCCUAAGCAAAAAGAUUAUGCCAACUCAGCCUGCUGUUUACCUUGGUUUGGUCUACUACCUAGGAUCAUAAGUUCAGUGUGAACCCGUGGACCUUGUCCAAAUUCCU